AUGUUAAGAGCAAUGUUCAUAAUGAGAGUGCAGUUAAUUAGACUUGGUUUGAUUGUAGCCGUGAGCGGCGUCAGCUGGGAGGAAUGGUGGACCUACGACGGCAUUUCAGGACCGGCGUUUUGGGGUCUCAUCAACCCCGAGUGGUCGCUAUGCAACAAAGGUCGCAGGCAGUCUCCGGUCAACCUCGAACCAGAAAAGCUGCUCUUCGAUCCCAAUCUUCGAUUUUUGCAUAUAGAUAAACAUAGAAUAAACGGCUUAAUAAGUAACACGGGUCAUUCAGUCAUCUUCACCGUGGAGAAUGAAACUCGUCACCACAUCAACAUCACCGGCGGGCCACUUUCCUAUAAAUAUCAAUUUCACGAAAUCCACAUCCACUACGGGCUACACGACCAGUUCGGUUCAGAACAUGCAAUCAAUGGAUACUCAUUUCCUGCAGAGAUUCAAAUAUUUGGUUUCAAUUCACAACUUUAUUCGAACUUCUCGGAAGCUCUACAUAAAGCUCAAGGAAUUGUUUCUAUAUCUCUUCUAUUGCAGCUUGGAGAUUUAUCUAAUCCAGAAUUAAGAAUAUUGACUGAAGAAUUAGAAAACAUAAAAUAUGGAGGGGCCGAGAUGCCAGUCAACCGUCUGUCUGUCCGAGGUCUGUUGCCGGACACGGACUAUUAUAUGACAUACGAGGGCUCUACGACUGCGCCCGCCUGCUACGAGACUGUUACGUGGAUCAUUAUUAACAAACCUAUUUACAUCACUAAGCAGCAGCUGCACGCCCUAAGGCGAUUGAUGCAAGGCGACGCGAGGCACCCAAAGGCUCCUCUAGGGAACAACUUCCGACCUCCGCAACCGCUACACCACAGGGCAGUACGGACAAAUAUCGACUUUGAUUUAAGCAAGUAUCCCGGUAAGACUUGUCCUAGUAUGCAUCGAGAUAUGCAUUACAAAGCAAAAAGUUGGACACAGUAUUGA